CCCAAAACAGGAGAACGGAGAACCAUUCCACCCUCAAACCCUAGAGCAAGAGUGCAAGACUCCUCUCUCUCUCUCUCUCUCUCCGAAAAUUCCAAGUGGAUCGAAGACCUCAUCAAUUUCUCCGAAAACACAACCAACACAUCAAUCAAAAUCUCAAUCUCCCCCAAAACCACAGCCAACCCGCCAACCAAAACCUCAAAUGGCAUUGACAAUUCAUCUCCUUCACCCUCAAAUCCCCCCAUACCCAUUUAACUUCCAAACCCAUCCCUUCGCCCAUCUCAGAAGCAGAGCCAAACCCCCAAAAAUCUCAUGCACAAAAACCUCUAAAAGUUCUGAUGUUUCGUCAGAGCUGUUAGCCAAAGAGGUGGAGAAGAUAAACACCCAGCUGGCCCAGAGAGAGGAGGCCAUGAAGAAGAGCAGAAACCUCUUGUUCAGUGAGCUCUCCAAGUACCUUGGGUUGAGAACAGAGGAAUUGAAGCUGAGGUUGAGGGAAAUGGAGGAAGAGGACAAGUGGGUUUUGGUUAGGGGGUUUGUUUCAGAGUGGGGUGUGGAUUUUCAUCCCUUGUCUGCAAGGUCUGUUAAGGAAAUGGUUGAAGAACACCUUACUGAAGACAACCCCCCACCGCCUCCAGUUGCUUCUACGUCUUCUACGUCGGAUUUUUUUCCUGGGUUGAAGAAAAUGAUUGGGUUUUGACCCAACGAAUGGAGAAUGAGAGGAAUUCGUGUUGAUUUUUGUAUCCAAGCACUGGGGAGUGGGGUACAUACCAACUUAUUUGUGGCUGAUGGGGUUUGUAUGAGGUUCCUCCUGGAGUAAUCAAUUACAAUGUGAGCUCAUUUUCCUUCUUGUAUGGCACUCGAUAUCUAUAAUGUUUAUCAUGUGAUAUCUUCAUCUCUAUUGAUAUUGCCUAAGUAACAACGUUGUCAUGUUUCCUCAGCCGAACCUGGAUGGUUUGAGGUCUGAAAUUCCACGUGCAGCUUGGGGUCGUGUAUUUGAAGGCAAAGGCUUCUGUGCAGAAAUGGAUGAAAGCCAUAUAUUUCGCCCAAGUUCAUUCCUGGAGAUUAUUUUCCUUCUAAGUGAAGUCUUUUUCUGUAUGUCUCUUAUUCAAGAGUUAGGUUUUCUACGUAAGAUCUGGUUGUUGCUCUGGAGCAACAAAGACCGAUACUUGUAUAUGCCACUUUGUUUUUGGCUUACAAUCCAUAUGCCUAAAUUUUGGGUCAACUGUAUUUUGUACCUCUUCUUCUGGAUUAGGGUUAUAGGAUGAAGUUCUUGUAAGCAAUUGUCCUGAGUUCAUGAAGAAACAAUUUCAAAUUAAUGGUAGAUGAUAUCCUUGUUUA